UCAUUUCCCUGGUGGUUAUAAUGCAGCAUUCUUUUGGACACCACACCUAGGUCGGAGCACUGUCGUCCUUGAGGGUCUCCAGCCUCUUGAUAUUUUUAUACUUCAGUAUCAGUUCGAUCAAGCAAAAGAGAGAGGGAGAGAGAGGAAGAGAGAGGGGGAGAGGAAAGAAGAGAGAGAGGGGGGAAGGAAGGGUGGGGAUUACACAAAAGAGAGAGCCUAAAAUAAUUUUAAUUCCUAAGUUAAUUUCCUUGCUGAUCUGGGAUUUUAGUCACCAUGGAGGGUAAAUGGACAAUCUGCCCCGGACUGCAGGCUGAUACCGUUUUUCAAAGCCAGAACUUACUCCAUUUUCUAUGCAAAUAUCAGAAAAAACGAAACACCCUCUCUCCCAAGUCAGAGAAGGACAAGCGACGGCUCUCAGGUUGGGACAAUAUUAUCUGGAAGAUGAAGAAGAAACGGAACGCUCUUUCCCCCCCCUCCUUCCUCCCCACCCCUUUCAAUCGGAGGACAGAAACCUCAAGGUCUGCAAAGCAAAUCUCUGCAGACCGGCUGUUGGGGGGAAAAAGUGUUAGCCGCCUCUCCCAGAUCUGCGAGGGGGAAAAAUUUUGGAACCGUAAAGUUGAAAACUUUUUUCUCUCAGUUUGGAAGAAGCCCUUCGCCAUGAAUGGGAUUCGAGGAGUUCGGGGCGAGAGGAGGCGAGAGGCGCAAAGGAGGGGAGAUUUCUCGCCUGCCGCUCGCGCUGGGGCUCGAUGUGAAUAUAUAUUAUGUCUGCCUGUUCUCCCCUCGUCGGUGGCUAAGGUCAGCGGCUCCGAACAGACCCCGGGAGGAGGGGGGCAGGAAGGGGAGGGGGGGUCCGGCGCCUCACGUGACCCCCAGGGGUGCCAAUGUCCGGUCGUGAGGGUAUCAGGCCCUUGCAAGUUGCCACCCACUGCCCGGGUUUCGCCCAGCGAUGCAGAAAGCCACCUACUACGACAACGCCUCGGCUGCACUCUUCGGAGGCUACUCCUCGUACCCUGGCAGUAAUGGCUUCGGCUACGAUGGUGCCCCCCCACCCCCCUUCCAGGCCGCCACGCACCUGGAGGGUGACUACCAGCGCUCGGCGUGCUCGCUGCAAUCCCUGGGCAACGCCGCCCCGCAUGCUAAGAGCAAGGAACUCAACGGCAGCUGCAUGAGGCCGGGCCUGGCCCCCGAGCCCCUGCCCGCCCCGCCCGGCUCACCCCCGCCCAGCGCCGCACCUACCAGUACCACUAGCAACAGCAGCAGUGGGGGCGGGGCCGGCAAAAGCGGCCCCCCCAAAUGCGGUCCCGGCUCCAACUCCACCCUCACCAAACAGAUAUUCCCCUGGAUGAAAGAGUCGAGGCAAACGUCCAAGCUGAAAAACAGCUCCCCCGGCACAGCGGAGGGCUGCGGUGGUGGCGGCGGCGGAGGCGGCGCGGGCGGAGGCGGAGGCGGUAGCGGCGGGGGCGGCGGGGCCGGCAGCGGCGGCGGGGGAGGGGACAAGAGCCCCCCGGGAUCGGCGGCGUCCAAGCGGGCGCGGACCGCAUACACGAGCGCGCAGCUGGUGGAGCUGGAAAAGGAGUUCCACUUCAACCGCUACCUGUGCCGGCCGCGCCGCGUGGAGAUGGCCAACCUGCUGAACCUCAGCGAGCGGCAGAUCAAGAUCUGGUUCCAGAACCGGCGCAUGAAGUACAAGAAGGACCAGAAGGCCAAGGGCCUGGCCUCGUCGUCGGGGGGCCCCUCCCCCGCCGGCAGCCCCCCGCAGCCCAUGCAGUCCACGGCCGGCUUCAUGAACGCCUUACACUCCAUGACCCCCAGCUACGAGAGCCCGUCCCCGCCCACCUUCGGCAAAGCCCACCCGAAUGCCUACGCGCUGUCCUCCAACUACCAGCCCUCGCUCAAAGGCUGCGGCGCCCCGCAGAAAUACCCGCCCACGCCGGCGCCCGAUUACGAGCCCCACGUUCUCCAAGCCAACGGGGGCGCCUACGGGACGCCCACCAUGCAGGGUAGCCCGGUGUACGUGGGCGGGGGCGGCUACGUGGAUCCGCUGCCGCCCCCUGCCGGCCCCUCCCUCUACGGCCUCAACCACCUCUCCCACCACCCCUCGGGGAACCUGGACUACAAUGGGGCGCCCCCUAUGGCCCCCAGCCAGCACCACGGACCCUGCGACCCCCACCCCACCUACACAGACCUCUCCUCUCACCAUGCGCCUCCUCCUCAGGGUAGAAUCCAAGAAGCGCCCAAGUUAACACACCUGUGAUAGGAGAGGUGGGGG